UACAUAAAAUAGUGCUAUUAAAAAAGGUAAUACGAUGUUGGUUAUAACAGGGACAAAUAGUUAAAAUGUGAUGAAGCGUAAGUAAAAGGUUACAAGUGUCGCAUUUGGGAGGAGGUUCUCCAAACAACAGAUGAAGAUGGGUGAGUCGAGUGUAGCCGGUUCUGAGGCGAGUAAGCUUUAAAGCCAUAUCACACUUAGCGAAAAUUCGUUCAAUUCAACCAUCAACUCAACCCCAACUUCGACUUUCUGUUCAACAACCACCUGGAACAGUUGAACUAUGGUUGCCAUACGGUUGAAAAGAGUUGACCAUUGAUAAACGAAUGAUUUCUUUUUUAGGCGAUUAAGUGCUUUAUACACAGACGAAUAAAAUUUUUCAUCGGAAGACUCAGCACGUGUGGUAGUUAAAUUUAAUUUAAUCGACGGCAAUGGAUCCUUCCUUUGCAAUUUCAAGUUUGAUUGUUUACAGUUUGAUAAAGAAGAAAAAAGAAAAGAAAAGGACACUUUGGACUAAAGCAUGGCGCUUACGAAGACAGAGAUUAGGCUGUUAUGAAAAUUUAUUGAGAAAAUUGGCUUUGGAAGACCAGGAAAGCUACAGGAGAUUUCUAAGAAUGGACACUGAAAGUUUUGAGUAUUUGCUGGAAAGGAUUGAACCAUUAAUAAGCAGACAAGACACACACAUGAGAAAAGCAAUACCAGCUGGUGAAAGAUUAGCUAUUACUUUGAGAUACUUAGCAACUGGGGAGACACAAAGCUCCAUUGCUUUUCAGUUCAGGGUUGCCCAGAAUACAAUAUCAGGUAUCAUACCAGCGGUAUGCUCAGCAAUAGCUGAAGUUUUAAAAGAAGAGAUGCAAGUUCCAAGUUGUCCAGAGGAAUGGCUCAAGAUUUCAGAGGACUUUUUCGACAAAUGGAAUUUUCCUAAUUGUAUUGGAGCGAUGGAUGGAAAACAUAUUAGCAUUGUCCCACCUCCCAAUUCAGGAUCAUUGUACUAUAACCACAAACAUUUCAACAGUAUUGUGUUGCUAGCUUUGGUUGAUGCAAAUUUGAAAUUCAUAUAUGUAGACAUUGGAACGAAUGGGCGAAUUAGUGAUGGUAGCGUGUACAAAAAGUGCACACUUAAAAAAAAUAUUGAGGAGGGGAAAUUAAAUAUACCAGGAGGACAAUUACUUCCUGGUACUAAUCUAGCCGCACCAUUUGUUGUUGUGGCUGAUGAUGCCUUCCCCCUUGAGGAGCACUUAAUGAAACCUUUCCCGGGUAAAUCUCUUUCAAUAGAGAAUCGAAUUUUUAAUUAUCGUUUAUCUCGGGCAAGACGAGUAUCAGAGAAUGCUUUUGGCAUCUUGGCCUCAAGAUUCAGAGUUUUUCAAACAAAAAUUUUGACACGUCUUGUCCAAGCUACUAAAAUAGUCAUGGCAGCGUGUAGUUUGCACAAUUUUUUGAGGUCAAGAUGCCUUAAUUUAUAUGCUCCCCCAUCAAGCUUGGAUAGAGAAGACCUUGAAAAAAGAAAGUAUUUUAUACUGUUUAUUUAUUUUUCUUCACACUAUUAUUUUUUCACAGGAGACUCCUAUUCCUCCUUGAUGUUUUUAUUUCGAAUAGAUAAAUCAACAUUGUUACAUUUUAUUCCGGAGACAUGUGAGGCAAUUUAUGCUGCAUUACAGGAUUACAUUCAAGUUCCAUCAACUGAAGAAGAGUGGAUUGCCAUUGCAAAGGAAUUCGAGGAAAAGUGGAAUUUUCCAAAUUGCUUUGGCUCCCUAGAUGGAAAACAUGUUCUGGUGCGCCAUAAGCGGAAAUAUGGCUCCCAGCUUUUCAAUUAUAAGCUGUCCAACAGCAUUGUACUAUUUGCCCUAGUUGAUGCGAAUUGUAAUUUUCUGUAUGUAGAUGUGGGCACAAAUGGCAGGGUGGCAGAUAGCACCAUAUUUUCCAAAUCAACUUUAUUUAGUGCUCUUGAAAAUAGGGCACUUAGUGUGCCAGGCCCUACUAGGCUAGUGAAUCAAUUAAAUGAUAGCGAAACCCCAUUUGUGAUGGUCGCAGAUGAGGCUUUCCCACUUAAAUCUUACUUGAUGAAGCCUUACCCAAAGCGGAAUUUAACGCGAACAAAGAGGAUAUUCAGUUACCGUUUGAGUAGGGCUUGA